AUGGGCAUGGCCACAACCAUGGCAACCGAUGGCAUUCGGGGCAGGAUUGGGGGCCUCGCGCCUGUCACGUGCCUAAGCAAUUGCGAUUCCAACGCAAUGCAGGUGCCACCGACAGGUCCUGCGGGGAUCAGGAUUCGAGGCCAUAGAGUAACUAACGUGGAUUGCAGUGCAUCCAGAGCCCUGUGUGACAAAUAUUUAUUAACUGCCACAGCUAGAGAAGCCUGA